AUGCGAAUGAAAGCCCUGAAGAGAAGAGGAGGAAUCAAGGCAAAGCCUAUUCAUCCUUAUCCUGUAGGCAAAGACAAGAAAAUCUCUAGCCUAGAUAUUACUGAUGAUAAAACCACUUGUGUUGAUCCAGAGGACACUCUACUGAGUAAUGGAGAAUCUGAAGUUAUUGAUGGAAAGAAGAAGAAGAAGAAGAAGAAGAAGAAGAAGAAGAAAGAGAAGAUGGCAAAAAUGUUGCUGAAGGAAGUCAUCAAGAAUGCCCACAAGACUGAUAACAUCAAUUCUGAUGCACAUGCAUUGAGUGAUAAGAAAGGCAACAAUACACCUUUGUCUUCCACAUCAAAUGCCUUUUCUGCUUCUCAUGCUGCAACCACUUUGCCCUCAUCAGUAUUAUCCACCAGUACCAAGACCAGUUCUAAGGCCAAACCUGCACACAUCAAUCAGAAGCAGUCAAUUAGCACACCUGAGUCCAACAAUGUCCUCAUAGUCAGCAGUGAUAGUCUUGAUGACCCUGAGGCUCUUGAACAGCGUCCAGCUGUACUACCUAGGCAGAAAGGGAAACAAGUGAUUAAAAUCACGUUUUCUGCUCAGCCUGGUAGUAUAAAGCAUAAGGCUGAUGAUGUUGGGGAUUUUGUUGAUGAGACUGUGUCUGAGGCCACUGAUGAUUCUGGCUUUUUGGCUAAUAAUUCACAGGAAAGCCUCUUGCCUAAGGUUACAUCAAUUCUGGCCAUUGAGAAAAGCCAUGUUUCUCAUAAAACUACAUUAACAUCUACUGUUGUAUCUCAGAGUGCUAUCCCUCCACCAUCCAAAAAGUUGAAGAAAGAAAGCUCCAAGGUUACCAACUACAGUGAUCUUGUGCUUCCACCCUCAACCCAAGUUCCAGUAGGUUAUUACGACAAUGUCAUACCUUCUUCUAGCACCCAAGUCCCUCCGGCCUCACAGAAGGCUACUGCAAAUGAGGGGAUAUUUGAUGUGGUCUACCCUAAUGUCAAAUACAAGAUGAAUUCAAAUGGUGCUGUAUUCGCAGUGGCACAACAGUGGCUUUCAGAGUGGAGGAGCAACAUCAGCUCAACAGUGCUUGCAAUUGUCGUUGAUUUCUGCUCUCACAUCAAAGAUGUACCAAAUGCUUUCAUCACCAAGCAACUCUUGAAGGAUUGUGCAUUUGUAUAUGAAGACUCAGAUAACAUAUCAUGGGAGACAGCCUACCUGUCUGCAUUUAUACUGCAAAUGAUUAUGUCCACUCAUCUCAGUGCCAUUGUUGACCAUGCCAGUGUACUCACAUUGAAUACUGACAAGCUCACUUUGGGAAAAGGUAUGGACAGUGUUAUUGUGCUCUGCAUUGUUGCUCUUGAACAUACCCUCAAGUUUGUCGAAGAUAGCAUUAUCAAUGCUAAUGAAGUUCUUGCAUCUAUGGCCACUGGCAAGUUUUUUGUCAAGCUCCUAGUGAAAUGCAAUAAGGUAAUGGGCAAGAAGUUGAUCAAUUGGCAACAGGAACAAUGUUAUAUCCUAUAUUCUGGACCUACAUCUGACAAUGUUCCCAUGCUUCAUUCAGACCUCCAUACCUCUGCAGCUAGCCUGCAUCAUUCACCCUUUGUCCCAUUGCCCUAA